AUGCCUGGCAACGUGGCCAUAGCUUCGCGUGUUGCUCUUGCUGCUGCAGCACGGGCAUCAUGCCCUCCAGUUUCCUACGGGGCCCCACGUGUGUGUGCGCCUUCACCGCGACUUGAAGCAGCAGCAGCAGCAGCAGCAGCAACAGCACAGGCACCGCCGAACUCGAGGAGCCUCUGCAGCCUCUCCAGCGACCCCUUUUUGCACAGUUCUCCGCAUCAUGCAUGCUGGAGCGGCAGAGGGAAGACGCGCUGCUUUUCCGUCUUAAGAGACCCCAAGCCACUCCACAGGGUGUUAGCUGAGCUUGAGGCUGCUGAGAAGGUCAAAGGGCAAGACAGCAGCCGCGGCAGCAACGCAGAGAGCACAUUUAUCUCGGAGAGGGCAUCCACUCGCGCUUCUUCUGUUGAAUGGAGUGCAGUCGCGACGAACAGCAGUCCUUGCAACAGCGGACACAGCAGCGCUCGCAUGCCUUUUUACGAUGAAGACAGCACCGCGUCAGACAGCUUCCUCGACUGUCGCGAUGGAGAGACCAUCGAGACGGUUGAGGCACAAAGCCCCCUGCCGUCGCUUGGCUUCGGAGGAGACAGCUCUUCCAGCACAGCGAGAAGCAGCAGCGGCGGAGACAGCUGGGGCGGCUCCACUGCCCCUCCUCCCUUCCAGGCGCUGCAUGCAUCUGCAGAGAUUGUGGCAUCUCAGGAGCAGCUCGAGGCACUGGCUGCGGAGGAAGCCUCGACAGCAGCUGCCGCCUUUUCCCAGCGGCAGAGGGAGCUGUUAGACUGUGUUGCAGCUGCUGCGGCGGGGGAAGGGGGGAUAAGAGGGGCACUGCAGCAGUCCUUCGAGGAUUUGCUGCCGCCUCACAUUAGCGCAGCUGCUGCGACAGGUGCAGGAGGCGCAAGCAACGGAGAUGGAAGGCCUUUAGGCUCUGAUGCAGAGGCAGACGACGCCUUGCUGACGCCUGCGCAGCGAUUCUAUCGAGACAAUCGAGAGUUGCUGCUGCAGCGCGCCGAACAGUACCUCCUUGGAAAGCAGGCAGCAGCAGCAGCUGCUGCUGCGACUGCGACUGACCCCGAAGGAGCCGAAGAGGAAGAGUGGGGUGGCGCUGCAAGUGCGCUCGAAGAAGAUUGGAGAGCUUAUUUCAAUCCAGUCUACAAGCCACCGAAGGGGUUCAGCUGGCCUGUUGGGGGCGGUACUUCUGAAGCCGAUGGGCAAACAAAAGUUGCUGCAGCUGCAGCCUCCUCUGCUCCUCCCGUGGAUCUGGAGUUUUGCAAAGGGCAAUAUCCAGCAUUGAGGGAUCUGAAAAGCCUCCUAACUCAGGAGGGAGUAAUCGACAUUGUGUAUUUGAAUUUAGAGGCUCACAGCCGGCGAGACUUGGGGGUUGUUGCCUUGAUCGGGACCUGCAGUACUGCAGCCCACUGCAGGCGGGUAUCUCGGCUGCUUCGCUCGCUGAUAGCCUCCCUAGAGAUACCCCUCGUGUCGGAUAGCUGCAGCUGCAGCACAGGCAGCACGAGGCGUAACAGGGCACGUACCAGCACCAGCAGCAGCGAGUGGUUUGUGGCCUGCCUAGGUCCGGUGUCUGUCCACCUCAUGACGCCUGCAGCAAGAGCCUUUUACAACGUGGAAGUCGCAUGGACUUCCAACUGCGAAGGCAGUGCAGUACCGCAGCGUGAGCGGGCAGAGGGCGCUCAGGAGGAUGCCCUUGUUCUGCAGUACACUGGGGAUCAGGAAGACGUGCUGCAGCAGCAGCAGCAGCUAAUCCUGCAGCGACUAGAGCACUUACAGCGAAAUCAGGCGGGAUAG